AUGUCGAUGAGAAUGCAACUCGGCCGGGUCGACUCCUUGUUUGCCCACGUGGAAAAGGACUGGUGGAAGGAUGCCCAUAAUGAAAUGUAUCUGUUCACAAACGGCGACUGUGUGGAGGAUCCCGCGAUUACCGACACUGAAUGCGACGAACUCCUUCGAAUCCCUAGCAUACAAACGCUCUUCGAGCACUCGACUGGCACCUCCCCCAUGAAAGUUCUGGAUCUGUGUUGUGGACAAGGUCGGCACACCAUCAAUCUUGCGAAAAGGUUCCCGGCGGUGGAUUUCCAGGGUGUGGACCACAGUGCGUAUCUUCUCAACAUCGCCCGCGAGCGGGCUGCGGCAGAAAACACCGGUAGGAACACGGUCUUUCUGGAAGGGGACGCCCGACAAAUCCCCGCUGCAAAUGACAGUUUUGAUCUUGUCUUGCUCAUGGGGAAUUCGUUCGGGUACUGUAGCGAAGAAGACAACGCCCAGCUUCUCGCAGAAGUCCAGCGAGUCCUAAAGCCACAGGCCAUCUUUCUGAUGGACAAUGUCGACGGAGGCUGGAUGAGAUCCAAUUUCACACCGGGCGGAUGGGAGUGGAUUGCUGAUACUCCCACGGUGAGGGCCAAGAGUGGCGCAAAGACGACGAAUGGAAAGCUCCUGGCUUGCCGGGAACGGGAGAUGUCGCCAGACAAGAAGACGAUGGCAAGCCGAGAGAUUGUGAUCGACUUGGAUGGUCCAUCCGUAUGUCAAGAUUUGUUCUAUUCGGUUCGGCUUUACGACCUAGACGAAAUCAAAACCCUUCUCCACACCAACGGACUAGCCAUGAUGACCGAAGAUGUCAGGCAGAUGUCCGGUCCGACGAGUGAAUCUGUGGCCGACCUUGGUAUGAUGGAGAGUCGACAAUUGGUUGUCGCACAGAAGACCCGGACGACCGUUACCGCAAACAAUUUCUGUGCUCAGGAUAUGGACACAUACAUCCAUCCGAACUUGGUCCAGAGCUAUGACCCGAUCAAAGGGAGAAUGGUAGUUCUUUCCGCCCCUGUUCCUGCGGGAACAGUUCUUUUAAAAGACGCACCCUACGCAAUCGUUCCCGCCGUUCACCCGGCCCGGAAUGACGCCGUAUUGUGUAGCAGCGUGGAGUGCCGUCGCCGACUUCCACAGGAUGCAGGAGGUAUCCAUUGCCAAGAGGAUUGUCUUCAGGAUGUGGUUUGGUGCAACAGUCAUUGUCAAAGUGCUGACCAGACUCGGCAUGACUUGGAAUGCUCCUGGCUCAAGCGUCAUGGACUAACCCUCCGGGAGACAGAAGGGGAGGAUGACUUUGCCAUGCUGUGGAUUAUUGUGCGCAUAUUUGCAAACCGGCAACUCGAGCAGCAGGCACGGACUGAGGAACGCAAUCAUCUUCACUGGGAAAGUCGGUUCCAGCGUGGGUGGGAAUCCAUCGAUAUGUUUCGGGGCAAUCAAGAACAGUGGCCGAAAGAUCGACUGGAACACUGGGAACGCCUGAUCAAGACGUAUCUUAGUGAUGUCCCAUGGCUUCCAAAUACGCAGGAGGUAUUGUCCUUACUUUGCAAAGAGGAGGCCAACUCCUUUGGCCUCUACCCAGGCGUUACCGGUGUGUUUCCGUUGCCAGAUCCCCCGGUAGAACGUGGCAUACAUUAUGGACUUGCGGUUUAUCCCAGAGCAACCAUUUGCAAUCACUCUUGCCUUCCAAACAUCAUACAUGGGCCGGAUGAUCGUGGACGGAUGGUUUUCACCUCCCAGCGCGACAUUGCCGCAAACGAGGAGUGUCAGAUCAGUUACUUCGAUCUCUCAAAAUACGUGGACGUCCAAGCGAGGCAAAAGGUGCUCCAGGAUUAUUUCACAUUCUCUUGUGUCUGCAGACGGUGCCAGGAGGAACAGAAAACCGAGAGCCACGAGCAUUGA